UGAAAGCCCAGAUUCAUUCCACUGCAGUCGCCCCCCACUCGUCCAGCCGACCACCCGACCGUCACCUACUCCGGCGAUCCUCACCGCCGGCCCGAUGCCUCCACCACCACCCCGGCACCUGGCCGGAGACCCCAACCCCAAACCCGCGCCCGCCACCUCGCAUUCCGGCAUGGUCAAGCUCCUCGCCGACCUCCUCCACCACACCGUGCCGUCCGCCUGGCCGCCGGCGCUCGCGGCGCCGCUGCUCCGGAGCCGCCUCGCCCCGGCCCACGUUUCCUCGCUCCUCCUCCUCCCGGCCUCGCUCGCCCGCCCGGACCUCUCCCGCCGCUUCCUCCUCCUCCUGCCUCCCCACCUCGUCUCUCCGCUCUGCCUCUCCCUCCUCGCGCUCUCCUUCAUCUCCGCCCCUGCCUCGCCGUCCCGCUCCCGCUCCCCCUCCCCGCACGCCGCCUCCCUCCUGCUCUCCCUCGCGUCCUCCUCCCCGUCCGCCUCCACCUCGUUCUCCUCCCUCUCCCACGCCUCCUCCCUCUCCCCCUUCCCGCCUGGCGCCACCGCCGCCGCCGCCUCGCUUCUCGCCUCCUCCUACCUCCGCCUCCGCCGCGCCCGCGACGCGGCCGCCGUCCUUCACCUCUCCCUGUCCGCCGGCAUCACUCCCAACCAGUAUACGGCUUCCCACAUUUUGUUUUCCCUUGUCAAGAUUCGUCAGUUCACCCUUGCCCGUGCCCUGUUCGAUGAAAUGCUUCGGUCCGGUGCUCGCCUGGACGAGCACAUUUACACGGCUGGGAUUCGGGCUUACUGCGAGGCCAGAAAUCUUGACGGUGCCAAGGGGCUUCUGGCAAGGAUGCAUCAUGAGGGGGUCAAGGUCAGUGUGGUGCCGUACAAUGUAUUGAUUUACGGAUUGUGCAGGAAUCAUCGCAUUCAGGAGGCAGUGGAGGUAAAGAACAGCAUGGUGGCCAGAGGAAUCAAAGCUGAUGAAGUGACUUACCGUACGCUCGUGUAUGGGUUUUGUCGGGCGGAGGAGCUGGAAAUGGCAUUGAGAAUGACAUAUGACAUGGCCAGGCUGGGGUUUGUGCCAUCAGAGGCCAAUUGCUCAUUUAUGCUUGAUGGGCUACGAAAGAGGGGGGAUGUUCGGGAGGCUUUCAGGUUAGCUUGUCAGUUGGGCGAGUUGGGCAUGGUGCCCAACAUAUUUGCAUAUAAUGCCUUGCUUGAUAACCUGUGCAAGAGCGGUAUGUUUUGCGAGGCAGAUCGGCUUUUCAGUGAGAUGGUAGACAGGGGUCUGGAGCCAAAUGAGGUGACUUAUCCUAUAUUGAUACAUUCACUUUCGAAAAGGGGGAUGAUGGAGGAUGCACUUGACCUGUUCGAUAGGAUGAGGGAGAAGGGUGUCAGAGUGACAGUCUAUCCGUACAAUUCCUUGAUUAAUGGUUGCUGCAAACAGGAUGAUUUAGACAGGGCGAUGGGCUUCCUGAGUGAGAUGACUGACAUUGGAGUGACACCAAAUGCAGCUUCAUAUUCUCCACUAAUUGCUGGUUUCUGUAGAAAAGGGGAUCUAACCAGUGCCAUGGAACUCCACCGGGAGAUGGCUCAGAAGGGUGUUGCAUGGAACACUUAUACGUUCACAGCACUUAUCAAUGGUUUGUGCAAGAAUAAAAAGAUGGAUGAAGCUUCUCAGUUGUUUAAUAAGAUGAUUGACAGCAACCUAGUACCAAAUGAAGCAACUUAUAAUGUCAUGAUAGAAGGGUAUUGCCUGGUAGGCAAUAUAAGAAAGGCAUUCCAGUUGUAUGAUCAAAUGGUUGAUAGCGGCCUCACACCUGACAAUUACACGUAUAGACCAUUGAUAACUGGAUUAUGCUUGACCAGUGGAGCGUCGAAAGCAAAGGAAUUUGUUGCUGACCUAGAAAACAACUGCCCGCUGAACAAAUUUAGCCUAACCGCACUUAUGCAUGGAUUGUGCAGAGAAGGAAGGUUGACCGAAGCUUACCAUGUCUGGAAUGAGAUGGCAAUGCAGGGAGUCAAUCUUGAUCUUGUCAGCUUCACCAUUAUUGUGUAUACAGCCUUGAAGCACCAUGAUACGGAAAAAUCAUGCGUGUUAUUGAGGGAGAUGACAGAAAAAUGUGUCAGGCUAGACAGUGUGUUCCAUACAUGCAUGAUUGACAUGCACUCAAAAGAAGGAAAUAUGGUCCAAGCUUUAAACUGUUGGGAUAACAUGAUUACUGAUGGCUGCUUUCCAAAUACCAUCACAUAUACAGUUUUAGUAAAUAAUCUCUGCAAGUCCGGGCAUUUGAGCAGCGCAGAGGUCCUCUGUAAAGAAAUGUUAUCCAGUCAGUUCCUUCCUAACAAUUAUACUUUUAAUUGUUUUCUUGAUUGUUUUACAACUGAAGGUAAACUGGAGAAAGCUAAAGAUCUUUAUUUCGCCAUGCUUCGAGGCUCUCUUGCUAACACAGUGACAAUUAACACAUUGAUCAAGGGGUUAUGUAAGGUUGGGCAGAUUCAAGAGGCAAUUGACCUUAUUAGUAAGUGUACUGAAAAUGGUCUUUUUCCUGAUUGCAUUAGCUAUUCUACUGUAAUACAUGAGCUCUGCAAGAAGGGUGAUACAAAUAAAGCGUUUGAGCUUUGGAAUGAAAUGCUGUACAAGGGAUUGAAGCCUGACAUUGUAGCAUAUAAUAUUUUGAUAAGGUGGUGCAAUGUUAAUGGUGAACUUGAGAAGGGUUUGGGAAUAUACAAUGAUAUGAUUAAGAAAGGGGUGCAACCGAACUGGUGCACAUAUAGAGCUCUUUUCUUAGGAAAUUCUCUGAUGACCAGCAAGCGAGAUACUAUACUGCUGAAUACCUGAUGUUUAGGGUCACCGUUUUCAAUCUUUUCUGACUCACAUCGCACCGAGGAGUGCCCUGAGCAGUUGCUGCAUGGACAAUCUGGGGCUACCAGCAUAUGCAAUUUCUUCUUUCAGGAACGUGGUGUCUGUAAUCGUGGUCUGUACACCAUGACCAACCUAAUUUCUGAUUGUGUGGUCAUCUGUACAGACUCCACUUUUCCUAGUUUCUGAUGAUGUGGUCAUCCAUUAGUUAUGGAGCAACUGGGCAAGGAACUAUGCUGGAAGCCUGGAUAAGACAAUUCUGUAAUUGGGAUAUUUUUGCGCUCAUCCUUCUGAAAUGAAAGAAGUUCAAGCAGAUAAUAUAGGCAUCUGUCAUUGAAGUUUCCUUCGUUUGCUCAGGCUGCACAGUUUGUUUGAUGUACAAGUACAAUAGAUCCAUUACCUGUACAAACUGUGGCGGUCCCUCCAUAUAUAGAAGCAAAGCCAUAAACGUAUCAUGCAUACGCUUCAACAGUUUAAUCCUGAGAAGCAUGGAUAAUUUCAUUAAUUUUUCUUGGUGUCAGGCUAUCAGCAGUAUUGAGUAAUCUGUUUUUUUUUUCUUGUUUGUGAAGCAAAUGUUCCCGUUAAUAUGUUGUGAAAGAACUACUCACU